GUGCUUUCUUCCUCCCACUGCUCCCACCCCGCCGUCGGUCAGUCUCUCUUCCUCAGCGAUCGCGCGAGCAACGUCUAGAGCGGAGCAGAGACAACCCUCUAUGGCGCCGACGAAGCGAAAAGCCGUGUCGCUUGAGACAAAGUCAAAUAUUUUGCAGGAUUCGCGACGCGGUUUUAAAGUGAGUGCCCUCGUAAAAAAAUACGAGCUCGCCCAGUCGACGAUCUCGACCAUCCUCAAAGCCGGAAGCACUGCGCUUUUGAAGGCUGGAACCAGUGGCCAUGCCGACGAGCGGAAGAGAGUUCGGGAGCCCUUGUAUGCAGAUGUCGAAGAGGCACUCUACCAGUGGUUCUUGUCGAUCCGUGCCCAGAAUGUGCCGAUUAGUGGGCCAAUACUUGCCACAAAGGUGAAAAACUUGGCCUUUCUGCUUGGUCGGUCGAAUUUCAAACCUGGCGGCGGCUGGAUACAAAGAUUUAAAGAGCGGCACGGCAUUGUGUACAAGAACGUGGUGGGAGAAGCGGCCUCUCUCGAUUCAGAGGCGAAGCAGCAGUGGCUCCAGACCAACCUGCCCGUAUUGAUGGAGCGCUUCUCAGCCAGAGACAUUUACAACUGUGAUGAGACUGCCUUUUUCUUUCAAAUGACACCAUCGAAGACGCAUGCUUUGAAGGGCGAUCCGUGUCCCGGCGGUAAGCACUCCAAGGUUAGGGUAACCGUAUUACUUUGCGUGAAUAUGGACGGGAGCCAUCGGCUCAAGCCCUUCUGGCUCGUGUUAACGAUUGACGGCUCGGCUCCCGGUACGUCGGGCAAUGCAGGCGGGCAAUGCAGGCGCUGCGACGGCAGCGACAGUAGUGAUGAGGAGGUUGACAGCGCCUCUACGACCCCGUCGAUGACGACACAAGGUGCACUGAUGUCUAUCGACUCCCUGAUUGACUUUAUGCACAUCAAAGGAAUGCCGCCAGAGUUUUCGCAGCAGCUGGAAGCUAUGCGCACCGCGGUUGUGAAGCUGAAGCUUCCGCGGAAGCAACUGCAGAUUUCGGACUACUUCGGCGUGCCGAACCCGUGAUGCGUUCUUCGGAGUAAGAAAUAAAGUCUUG